AUGGCAAUGAUAAACUCUUCGUUUCAAACUCAAAUACUGUACUCUUACAAGGAAACAACCAGGCCAGUUGAGCAGAUGAAUGAUCAACAGGACAAGCCUUCCUUCUUUACUAUCAUCAAGGAAGGCCUCAACACCAAGACCAUGAGAGUCCCACCGAAGUUUCUAAAGUAUUUGGAUGAAGACUUCUCCAGUAAAGCAAUUCUUAUAGGCCCUUCUAGUGACCUAUGGCAAGUAACUAUUUAUGAGAAAGGAAAUGACAUAUAUAUUCAACAUGGUUGGCCACAAUUUCUGAGAGACAACUUGGUAAUGCAUGAUGAGUUUUUGCUGUUUACAUAUGAUGGAGGGAACUAUUUCCGGGUGCAAAUUUUUGGUAAGAAUGGAUGUGAGAGUCUACACUUCAAAAAAAUAAGACAAGAAGAAGUUGUCAUCCCGAGGAAAGAGAAGGGUUGGCCAGAAAUAACUUCUGCUGGUUCUUUACACCUCCAUGAAACUAAGCCUUGUCAAGAAGAACUGCUUCUGGGCAACGAAGGCUCAGUUCCUGAGAAGUACUUUUUAAAGCCUCAUAUUUCAACUGAACUUGAAACAUCAGAUGCUUACAAAUUGGCCGAGUCUUUUACCUCUGACAAUCCUUAUUUGAAGCACCACUUGACAAAAUCUAACGUGAAAAAUUGUUGCAUAUUGCCUAUCGCUACCAAGUUUGCCAGAAAGUAUAUUCCUGAAGUCAUAGAAGAGAUCAUCCUUCAGAAUUUGGAAGGAAAAUAUUGGAGAGUGACUGUGGCUUUUAAUGGCACUCCAAGUCAAAGGUAUACUCAAUUUACAAAAGGAUGGGCAAAAUUCGUUCGUGAUAACAAGCUCAAGAAAGGUGACAUUUGCAUAUUUGAACUUGAACGCAUAAACCAUAUGAGGGUUCACUUUUUUAGAAGUGCACCAAAUUAG